UACAACGCUAAGUAACGGUCGCCUUAAGACAUAAACGAAAAGAAAAUUAAAAACGUGUCUAAUUUUUUUAUCUUCUUCUUCUUCUUCUACAGGUCAUCACGUCAUUUAUACCAUACCUGUACCUUACCACUACGACGCCGGAUACGCUGGUGGUGGUGGUGGAUAUCAUGGCGGAGGUGGUGGUGGAGGUGGUGGAGGUGGCGGUAUAGGUGGAGGCGGUCAUGUUGGGGGUGGCUAUGGUGGAGGAGGAGGAUAUGGAGGUGGAGAUAUUGGCGUAGAGAUAUAUGGAGGAGGAGGAGGAGGAGUGGAAGACUAUGCUGGAGGAGGAUAUGGAGGAGAUAUAAUAAGAGGAGGAGGAGGAGGAGGAGGAGGAGGAGGAGGAGGACACAGCAGCUAUAGCAGUUACAUGUCACGGGUUGAUGAGAUAUCCAGCAAAAGAAGAAGGAGGAGGAGGAGGAGACAUACUACCCUUCCUUCUCCAGCUGACGACCUCCAACUCCUCCAGCAGACGGAGGCGCAGAAGAAGUACUUCGAGGAGGUGCGGGCUGUGGACUCAUCCCGCUGCGGCCACAGAAUGGUAUGUGAGGUGGCUGCCCGCGCCGCUAAGGGCCUCUCACUACUGCCGGAGGAAAUAUUCAUCCUGAAGGUGUUGUGGCACCAGCAGGAGCAGCAGAAGGGGCAGGGCGGCGCCAGGGAGGAGUACGAGGCAGCAACACAGACAGGUUACCGAGGGACCUCCUGCAGCGCCACCUACAGCAGCUGCCCCUACUCGGCUCGGCAACUAAUGGCAGUGGUGAACGUGAUUUCGACUCAACUGCAGGAGGAAGAGAGAAGAUAG